GGGUCUUUCUCCCGCUCUGCGCUGAGUCCCUGUCGCUGCGCGGUGGAAAUCCGCACCGGGGAGCUGCUGAGGGGCGCGGGUGUCAUGUGAAAGCGCACAUGCUCCGCCAGCCCUCCAGCCCUCCUCGCUUUUCUUCCUCCUCUUUUUCCUGUUUGUGUGUGUUUGUGUGUUUUCCUUUAUUUUUAACGUAACUCAGUUCCUUCCCCCUCCCCUGCCUGUUGCCAGCCAGCCGCGGCCCCGCCGAUCCCCCGCAGAGCUCCGCGGAGGGUGGGCGGGCGAGGAGCGCGCCCGGCGGCGGGCAACCCGCGGAGCCGCGCCCCGCGGAGCCGCCUGGGAGGGAUGGUUUUCCCGACAGAGCAGAGCCGCGGCGGCUGCCGCCUCCGCGGGUUCUGAGACGGGAUUUUCGUGGUGCGGUUCCCGGGCUCCCAGCUUCAUGACUGCGCGGAGCGGGGAGUCGCCAACACCAUGCGAGCACAAAUUGAAGUGAUACCAUGCAAAAUUUGUGGUGAUAAGUCCUCUGGAAUACAUUAUGGAGUCAUCACAUGUGAAGGCUGCAAGGGAUUCUUUCGGAGGAGUCAGCAGAACAAUGCCUCCUACUCCUGCCCAAGGCAGAGAAACUGUUUAAUUGACAGAACCAACAGAAAUCGUUGCCAACACUGCCGACUGCAGAAAUGUCUUGCCCUGGGAAUGUCUAGAGAUGCUGUGAAAUUUGGAAGAAUGUCCAAAAAGCAGAGGGACAGCCUGUAUGCUGAAGUGCAGAAGCACCAGCAGCGACUGCAGGAACAGCGGCAGCAACAGAGCGGUGAGGCAGAAGCCCUUGCCAGGGUUUACAGCAACAGCAUCAGCAAUGGCUUGGGCAAUCUGAAUAAUGAAACGGGCAGCACCUACUCAAAUGGGCAUGUCAUCGACCUGCCAAAGUCUGAGGGUUAUUACAACGUGGAUUCUGCCCAGCCUUCUCCAGAUCAGUCUGGGUUAGACAUGACUGGAAUCAAACAGAUAAAGCAGGAACCUAUCUAUGACCUCACCUCUGUACCAAACUUGUUUACCUAUAGCUCUUUCAACAAUGGGCAGUUAGCUCCGGGGAUAUCCAUGACUGAAAUAGAUCGAAUUGCACAGAAUAUCAUUAAAUCUCACUUGGAGACAUGCCAAUAUACAAUGGAGGAGUUACACCAGCUAGCAUGGCAGACCCACACGUAUGAAGAAAUAAAGGUUUACCAGAGCAAGACCAGAGAAGCUCUUUGGCAGCAGUGUGCCAUUCAGAUCACUCAUGCUAUCCAGUAUGUGGUGGAGUUUGCAAAGCGGAUAACAGGCUUCAUGGAGCUCUGCCAGAAUGACCAAAUUCUCCUCCUUAAGUCAGGCUGCUUGGAAGUGGUUUUGGUGAGAAUGUGCCGUGCCUUCAACCCACUCAACAAUACUGUUCUGUUUGAAGGGAAAUAUGGAGGGAUGCAGAUGUUCAAAGCCUUGGGUUCAGAUGAUCUGGUGAAUGAAGCAUUUGACUUUGCAAAGAAUUUAUGUUCCUUACAGCUUACUGAGGAGGAGAUUGCCUUGUUUUCAUCUGCUGUUCUGAUAUCACCAGAUCGAGCCUGGUUAAUAGAGCCAAGGAAGGUCCAGAAGCUUCAGGAAAAGAUUUACUUUGCACUUCAGCAUGUGAUCCAGAAGAACCACCUCGAUGAUGAGACUUUGACAAAGUUAAUAGCCAAGAUACCAACCAUUACUGCACUUUGCAACUUGCACGGAGAGAAACUACAGGUAUUUAAACAGUCUCACCCAGAUAUAGUGAACACACUAUUUCCUCCAUUAUACAAGGAGCUUUUCAAUCCAGACUCAACCACUGGCUGCAAGUGAAGGGGAUAAUGAAAUUUUCACGUAGUCAUGGAAUGCAUCACUGUUAAGACAAAAAGAAAUGUUUUCAUAAUGAACUUAUUAAAAAUGUCACUACUGCAACACUAGGAAUGUUCUGCACUUAAUAGAAUUAUUUUUCACCGCUACAGUUUGAAGAAUGUAAAUAUGCAAUUCUGAGUGGGGAUGUCUUUUUUCUCUUUUCUUUGUUUACCUUUUUUUUUUCUUUUUCUUUUUUUUUUGUUUUUGUUUUUGUUUGUUUUUGUUUUGUUUUUUUUGAACUUACAAUGAAUAUACAAAUAUAGGACACUGGAUGUUACUUUUUUUUUUAAUUUUAUUUUAUUGGGAUACGUUUUGGGAGACAACUGUUCAUAGAAUUUUAUUGUAGAUAUAAAUGAGAAUAGAGCAGUACUUUGCAGUAUUACUCUUGCUGUUUAUUGUUGAAAUAUAAUUUAAGAAAAUUCCACUUAUUAGUCUUGCCUAUUUCUAUGUUUUUAGAUAGUUUAAUGCAUGUGGAAAUUUGUAGCUGUCUUUGAAAAUACUGUGCAUGUAUGAAAUACAUAUAUAUAUAUGUAUAUGCUGUAUAUACAUAUGUAUGUAUGUAUGUAUUAUAUACAUACAUGCUGUAGCUUAAAAGUCCCAUGCCUACUUUUAAAGGAUGCUCAGCCAGGCUGUCCUGCAUUUCUUGCUCUCCAAUAUAUUAGAUUCACUUUGGGCAAUCACAAUUUGCUUUGCCAGUCAGAGUUAAAUCAUCAAAGCCAGUGUGUAAUGACAGGAUCACUCCUGAAAUGUGUAAUGUAGUGCAUAUGUGCAGUCUGUAAAUGAAACAUCAGGAAUAUACUAAUGGUGCAAAAGCCUUGUCUGGAUGAUUUCAGUGGAGAGAGGAAAAGCUUUUUGUCAAUUUUCUCCCUGCUACAGGGGUACAGCAUAUGUAAGAGUGAACAUUUUGGGACCUGCGUUAGUGAAGUCAUCUGAAACACAGAAUAAAAGCAUAGACUAUCUCACCCACUUCUCUGAUUACACAAAAGAUUAUUUUUUUUUACUGUAUGCUUAUUUGAAAAAUAGUUGCAAGACAUGGCUUGGUUUUUGGUAUUUUGUUGGGUUUUUUUGUUUUUGUUUUGUUUGGUUGUUUGGUUUCGGUUUUGUUUUGUUUUUCUGAAAUAAAACCUAAGGUGAAAACCUUAGGAAGCCUAAAAUGUAGCUCUGAAAAGUAGCAGCAGAGAAAGGAAGGGAGGAGGAAAGUCAAAGUGAACAAUAGCCAUGGUUAUGGAGUGUUACGAACAUAACACUGUUUCCAACAAAACCAUCACCUAAACAAGACUGAUGGUUUCCAUUCCACAUAUAUACAUAUAUGUUAAACACACACAUAUAUAUAUACGUACAUAGGGUUGAUUUGAUGCUCACUUCAGAAGGCAAACAAAGGACUGGGGCUUUCUUUUUGUCCAUCUCUAAAUUGAUCUUAUAUGCAUUUGCAUGCAAAACCAAAGGUGAAUACAGAGAGGAGUGGAAGACUGCCACAGACACAGUCUUGUAGAUUAAGUUUAAUUGCAGUCAUGAUUAAUGUAUUUGGAUUCUGCCAGAGUUAAAAAAAUAAAAAUUAAAAAAAUCCAUAAACUUUUUCCUGCGGAAGAGCAGGUAUUCACUUCUUGACAUGUCUCUGUCCAUAUCAUCAUGUCUAUCUGUUGGGAGUUUUUUCCAGAAAAGUGUCCUUAGGGAAUUGCCAGUGGAAAGAGAGCAGAGGCAGGGAUGUGAACAGAUGUAUUUCCUUAUUUCAAAGCUCACAAGAAGGCACUAUGAACUGAGAGCUGGUGAGGAAGAGUUGAAGGCCCCACUGCCAGGCCAAAGGGCAGAGCUGUGUCACUAGGAACCCAUGGGGACAUGGCUGGGGCCGAGAGUGGUUGCAGAAACUAGUGCCAGUGAUAGAUUAAAACCCCUGGCUUAUCCAGAAGACCACAUAGUUCCCAUGUCAGUCCUCUAUUCCUUUUUCUGCAUCAACAGGUAAUUCACACCCUAAUCCAAACUCUGGGUAAAGUUUCCCCUCGCCCACCACCAGUCACUAUCUAAGUUUACACACACACCUCAUGACUCUGUAGCUAUCCUUGUUUUAGCAAUCCUAGACUUGAUGCAAGAGCAGUUAUAAAACCCUUAGCUAAUAAAUGUUCCUCUGUUAAUCUACUCUGAGUACAAAACAGAUACAAAUCUGCACAGCCAAAUUAAUUUUGCUCAGAGAUUUGUUGUAAAAAUGAUGCAAUCUUCCAAAUUUCUUAUCCCUAGAAUAAAGCAAAUUUAAAAUAAUCUUUUUGUACCAAAUUUCUAUCACAUACUCCAAUGAUUAUAUUAAAAUGUCUUCAGUUGAUGUAGUAAGACAUUGCUUUUGAUGCUGUUUUUUACCACUUAAGACCUAAGGUUGACAUCCUCUUGUAAUGUUAUUUUAUCUGCUUGCAGACUGUUUUACAUGACAAAUCCAUGAACAGGACUCCAUGCUCCACCUACUUCUAAUAUUAAAAAUAAUAAUAAUAAUAAUUAACCAGUAUUUACGCAAGGUCAAUUUGUAUAUAUUUGGAAAAAUAAAUCAAACUGAAUCCUAUAGGAGUUCAAUUUUAACUGCAGGGGAUUCAUGUUUUCCUUGUCUUCUUCAGUAUGAGACCAUCUUUACACAUAUAUAUAUUAGAUAUAUAUAAGCUAAUUUGAAAUCCAUUAUAAUAACAAUCUGUUAUUUUCAGUACAUUAAAAGUAACAUAUUUAGCCAAUACACAGAAUAUAAAGUGAGAUAACUAUUACUGUCACUAAGGUUAAUAAACAAAGAAGUUUGAUAUGCUUAUAAAUAAUCCACAUUCAUGUAUUACAUAUUGAAAGUGCUUUAUUGUUGUUAAAUGAGCCAAUCCAUCUUUAGCUGGUAUUAUGAUUUAUGCCGUAGGCUAGAUGAUAAAGUGAAGAUCACCUGUGAAAAAGACAUAUUAUUUAACAAUUAUUAUUAUUAUAUAUAAGGAGUUUUAUCCUUAAAGCACUAUUCUUAAGUCACUGCAACCUCAUGAUCUCUUCAAUCAGUAAGGACUAUUUCCAUUCUUUUAAAGAUAAUGAAAUGAAAUCAGAGCAGUUAAAUAACUCACCAGAGACCACAGAACAAGCAGCAUCCAGUCUGAGAUUAAAAAUGGAUUAUUUUCUUUUGUCCUAAAAGCACUAGCAAUGGUACACAAAAUCUGCAGGACUGUACAAACAACUACAAAUAUUGCUGAACAAAUUAUUAUCUUCAAAUAAUAUUAUAAAUAGUUUGUUCUUUUUUUUUUUUUUCUAUUUUAUACAGAAUUUGAGCAAGAAAUUUGUUUAUUUUCAUAGCAAAAAUUAAUUCAGAUAUUUACUGGUGCUAACCAGUGCUGAUAAAACUUAUUUAAUUUUCUGUGAUUUCAGUCUGGCUACACAGGUAAAUUAGUACUUCUGCCCUUUGUUAACUGUGCACAGAACAAGAAAUAGUGAUGAAAUGCUACAGGCUGGAUUUCUGUCAUCACUGUUAAUACAGUCAUUUGUAUAUGACAUUUUAAAUUCUCAUUAUCAGAUUUUUACAUUCAAGUUAUCCUCAGGCUGUAAACAAUGAAAUAGUACAAGUUCAAUUAAGUAACUGCAGAGCCGAUCACAAAAUUCAGACAAUAUUACUACAGUGCUUUAUUUGUUGGCUUUCAUUAAUGUUCAGUAGUAUCUGAAGCCCUUCAAUUAAACCUCUAGAACUAGGACUUGUCACAUCUGCUCUUUAGCAGUGGCUAUGCUUGUUGAUUUUUUUCAUGACAAUUCUUUCAGAUGGGACACAAUUUUUAAUGACUGAUUAACCCCAGAUAUUUGACAAAAGAAUAUUCAAAACAUAUAUUAAGUCUUCUCACAUUGCUCUCAGUUCAUUGUACCACACUGAUCUAAAUUAUCCUUGGCAUCAAGCAGGCAGAUGCAGACUAUUUGUUACACUGCCACAGGGACUUAAUUUUGGUGUAAAUACCACUCUUGCCAGCUCUUUGUAUAAAGAAUUAAUUCCAAGAGUCAUAUUUUCUUCUAAUGGAAAGAUUUCUGUAGUAAUUGCUAGGGAAAACAAACAAACAAACAAGAAAGCAAAAAACAGGACAAGAGAAAGCAUUCAUAUGAACCAACUGAUUUCCAAAAA